AGAGGUUAAACUAAACUGACAGGUAGAGCGAGUUCAUCCGCUGCGAAAGGUUUUCCUGCAACGACUUCUGCACAGCACGUUUUACAGGUGGAGGGAGUGCCACUAAGAAAACUCUCUGAGGUGAACGUACGGGCUCUAAACGGCUGCUGAUGUCCUUUAUCAGCAAACAAAGUUUGACCAGGAAAACUAAAACAGUUAAAGUGUCGCAGAAAAGAAGGAAAGGAUGUUAAAAUCAGCGUUCUCUGUGUUUCUCUUCUGUUUGCUGCGACGUCUGGACUGUACAGUGGGACAAACGUUUCGUCACUGAUCCAGGUGAUCUUCAGUCUCAGCUGACUGCAGGUUUCCCCAACAUUAUAAACAGUACAUUGGCACAAUGACUGAAACCAGCCCACUGAAUCUAAGGAGCUUGGGAAAAAAAGCGACUGGACUUCUUUAAGUUGCUUGAAGACAUUUCACCUCUCAUCCAAGAAGCCUCUUCAGUUCUACGAUCAAUUGGUGGAGGGUCCCAGAUUUAAGCCCUAGGGGAGUGUUCCCCAAGAGGGACAUGGACCCCUAAUGAUCCUCUACCUAAUCAAACAAGCCGAGGUAUGAAAACAGGUGUUGGUCACAAGAAACAUAAAGAGGUCCAGCCACUUUUCUUUCCAUGCUCCUUAGACUAAGGCUACGUCCACACUAGCCCGGAUAGAUUUGAAAACAGUUUUUUCGUCUGAAAACGCUCUGCGUCCACACUAGUGUUUUCAGUCAUUUUCACAGAGUUGCGCGUCCAAAUCGCUUACAUUCCAGUACUGCACAUGCAUGAAACGCAAGAAGAUUCCCUCAUUUCUGUCUGCCGUUUAUUUACUUUCCGGCUGUUGAAAAGUCUCUUUGAAAAGCAGUGAGUUUUUUAAAUGGACUAACAAUGAAGUGGAGUUGUUUCUGCGAGUAACACAAAAGUACAAAGUUGCAAAAGCGAGUGAGAAUAAAAUAAUUUAAAGAAAAGCUCUCUGGGGCAUGUACAGACUGAUAUUAAUCUUUAAUAGGGCUGUCAAACAAAACAGCUGCUGUAUAACGCCCUCCACUAUCUUAGUUUAAUUGGUCACAUGACUGCAUCAUAUGACUAAAAUGUGUGAGCUUAAUGGAGCUCACAGAUUCUGUUUAAAGGAACAUCAUCAUCAUCAGUGUGUUUCAUGUAACGUGGUCUGAGUGUUGUUCGACUGAGUGUUCAGGUUUGAGUCCAAACAGGUUAAAAAGGUCACUGUGCUGGUUCUGUGUUCAUGUCCAACACAAAGCUCACAUAACUGCUGCAAGCUGUUUCUUUCUCUCCUCAGUUUCCCAGCAUGCAUCAGAAGUGCAGGUGUAUGAGGGGGCGGAGUCUGUCCUGCUGCCCUGUCAGGUACCAGCUGAUGUUUCCAGUGACUCCACAGCUGUGGUGUGGAACCGUGAUGAGUUCACGAUCCCAAUGGUCCACAAGCGUGUGCAGAGCAGUGACGAACUUACAAACCAAAACCUUCGUUACCUCGGUCGAACAUCAAUGAGAGCCACCGCUCUGCAGACUGGAGACCUCAGCCUCACUCUGAGGAACCCCACAGUCUCUGACAGUGGAACCUACACCUGCACCGCCCGCAAGGCUGGAGACGAUCUGAAGGAGAUCCAUGUGCAGCUGAAGGUCUCAGAAUCUCCUCCCCGCUGGCCCAUAGUUGUGGCGUUCGUGGUUCCUGUGCUCCUCCUGGCUGUUCUCUUUGGUGCCCUCGUGUACCGUGCAAAUAAUAAAGUAAAGAACAGAGCAGUCUCCACGCUGAAAGCAGAGAAGGUGACAGAGGGGGCGGAGUAUAUCAAACUCCCCUGGAAUGAGAGUAAAGAUCUGCCUGCUGCUGUCAGAGUGAAGUGGACACGUGAACAACCCAAACAUGGAGAGAUCUGUGAGUGUGUGAAGGAUCAGACAGGUCAGUGGAAGCUCGAGCCUGGUCCUGGUUAUAAAGGCCGUGUACAGAUGGAUCAGCUGACUGAAAGAGACUUCACCCUGACUCUGAUGAGGCCUCGCUGUAAUGAUGGAGGUGUUUACUUGUUUGUCAUCUACGGCCAGGAUGAAAAACCCAUUAAAGUGACAAUAGUGGUGCUGUGGGUCAAAGAGACCUGGUGGAAAACCAUCACAGGCUUGUUUGAGAGGAGAGCCUCGGACCCUGAGGAAUAUAUGUGGAGGCUAAGUGACGCAUUAACUAAGAUGGUGGAGAACACGUAUGGAAAUGAAGUGGAAGGUGAAAAUGCUCCUGUGAUGUUGGAGAACUUAGAUGGAAGGGAGAAUGCUGAAGAAAUUCAUCUGCUGAACGGUCAACCAUAGUGAUGUGUUGAAGGAUGACGAAAAAUAGAAGAACCAAAUGCUCGUCACUUUGCUGAGCUCCAGAUUAAAGCACAGAAGAGGCGGGGUCUUUACUGUGACUGCCCCUCCACAACAGGACCUCCCCAACAUCAGAGACCUGUUUAAACUACUCCCUGGAUUUAAAUCACAAUGACCUCUGACUACUUUUAUGUGUGUUAUUUCUGAUUCAGGUUCUCUCCUGUUUUUUCCUUUCUUAAAAUCUCUCAUCUUGUCUCAGGUUUUUAAGGUAGCACAGUGGUUAGGACUGUUGCAUCACAGAAGAAGGUCCUUAGUUUGACUCCACCAUCAGGUCUUUCUGUGUGGAGUUUGCAUAUUCUCCCAUGUCUAUGUGGAUUCUCUCCAGUACUUUGGCUUCCUCCCACAGUCCAAAGACAUCCACUUAGUGGGGUUAGGUUAACUGGUAACACUAAGGCUACGUCCACACCAAUGCGUUUUCCCCAAAGGAAAACGCUCUCGAAAACGAAUACAUUUGAAGACGGUGCGUUUGUGUCACAGUGUGGACAGCGAAACAGAGACUUUUGAAAACGAUGACGUAUUUUAGUCAUGUGAUGCAGUCAUGUGACCAAUUAAACAAAGAUAGCGGAGGGCAUUAUACAGCAGUUGUUUUGUUUGACAGUCUGUACAUGCUCCAGAUAGCUUUUCUUCAAAUUCUUUAA